UCCCCUGUCAUCUCUUUGCUUCUUUUCUCUCUUCAUCCAUCAACAUCAAUCUAUAUCAUCCCAUCUUCCGCUGUCCCGGAGAAAAGGAAAAGCACUACCACUCUUCUCAUUAGGUCAGAAACACAGUUCUUCUGUAGUCACACACUCGUUGCUUAGAAAAGUUUAUUGUUGCACUAUUGGGACAUUGUAGAGGGAUCCAGUUCGCUGGCGAUGGCAGCGGCGGCCCGCAGGCGCCAUGGCAACAUGCCCCAAAGGCGGGCGACUUUGUUGCCGCGGGGAUUCCAGCGCUCCAUGGCCAAACGGGUGACAUCCACAGCAACGGAGAGACAGCCCACUGGGAAGACUGAGACUACUGGCCCAAACCUGGUAACCACAGCAGGUGCACCGAGGCAGACAACACAGCAGCCUGGCACUAUUCAGCCCUGUGGGAUAGAAAUGGGGCCGGGUUGGACAUUUAUCUGCAAAGCCAAGAUGUCCCCCUCAUCCCCUCAGCAGCGUCGAAAUCACCCUGACACAACCAUCGCUCCUUUGACAGUCUGUCAGACAGAGCCCGACAUACAGAGUUCUCAUGUAUGGGUCCAUAGUGGGAAGAACAGAGAGGCUGAUGGGAAUAACAGAACCAUAGCAGCUUCACUGGAGAGAAUCAGGAUCCAUCCAGAGUCCCAGAGGAUUUUGGGCAGUACCUGUGUAGCCACUGUGCGUCUGGAGCGUCUGAGGAUCAAACUUGACCCCGGACAGUCAGUUGCCCUGUCAAUGGUACCGCCACUGGUGUCUUUGGUGUCACUGUUACGCCAACCACACUCAGAGUUGCUGACUGACCACGCUGCGGCGCCUCUGCCUGCAGUCAUUACCCCAGAGGAGCAUGUCCAACAGACAGGGUCCAGUCUGGAUUUCCAGCAGAGUUCAGCAAACAGAGAAGAGUCAUCUGGAUCAGAACCAGGGGCCUCCGGGAUGGAGCCAACACAAAUACAGGGGCCCCUUUGGACUGAACCACCACACCUUCAGGAGAGACCUGCACUCCCAUCGCCCCCUAUAGGACAAGCACCAGAAUCAGAUCUAGUACUCGACUUGGAGUCUGAAUCGGAGUCUGAAUUGGUUCCAGAUCUGAAAUCUGGCUCAGAUUCACUGGAAAUAGAAUCAGACCUGAAGCCAAAGUCAGUACUGAAUCUGCCAAUGGAGUUAGAUCCAAAGUUGGAAUCAGAAACAAAACUGGAAUCUGAUUGGGAGCCUGCAGAUGGGGAGAACAGUGAGGGGGGUCAUGUGGGGCAGUGCGCACCUAUCGAUGGGUCUAUAGUGUCCCAGGAGCAGCCUGAGAACGAGAAAGGGGCAGCAGGGAUGGAGAGUGAGGAUUUCUGUGCGGUGUGCUUCAAUGGGGGCGACUUGCUGUGCUGCGAUGGCUGCCCUAAGGUCUACCACCUCUCCUGCCACAUACCACCCCUCCGAAGCUCCCCACUGGGCGACUGGGUGUGCACAUUGUGCCGGAGUGACCAAGAACCUGGGGUGGGCUAUGACUGUGAGACCAUACAUCCCUCGACAGACCACCAGGGGGCAGGCACACCAUACACACUGUCCAGCCUGGACCAAAGAAGGUGUGAGAAGCUGACUCUUCUGUUGUCCAGCCACGUCCUCAGUGCUCCAUUCCAGGAGCCUGUCAGCCCACUGGCUCGUCAUUACUACCAGAUCAUUAAGAGGCCGAUGGACCUAUCAGUGAUCAGGAGGAAGCUGGACCAGAGGAACACUCUUCACUACUUCACAGCCCAGCAGUUUGUGGACGACGUCCUACUCAUGUUCAGGAACUGUGCAACUUUCAAUUAUCCGGAUUCUGAGGUCGCCAACGCAGGUCGUAACCUGGAGGUGUUCUUCCUGUCCAAGCUGAGGGAGGUGUUUCCCAGCCAAGCCUUCCCCACGCUGACCCAGGACAGAGCGAAAAGGAACAGUCUCGCUUGGCUGAACAGGAAAAGGAGGGACUACCACAGGAAGAAGAAACGAGGUCACUUCCUUGACUUCUGAAGUGGUCUGGUGUAAUGUUGUAUGGUGACAAAACAUCUCACAUAGUUGUAUAUUUUUAAUAUUAAUUAAACCUUAGUCUGGCUAUA